AGCAUUAGAGUUGGUCUUUACCCAAAUCGCGUUUGUGAAUAGCCGGAGUGUAGCGUGUAGGGUCUGUGUGGCUGGUUCGCUCCUGUUUCAGUCGGCCACACGGUGAAGGUAAAUAAAGACAGGACGGCCACCAGCGCCACAUUUACCCGUCAGGUACCGACAACCACAGGGCCGUUAUCCUCAGCUGUGUCUUAAGGGCCUGCUACGCUCGGUCGUGUUUUGUCUUUGUCUAAACUCCAUUACUCUCUGGAUAAAAAGAGAAAGAGAGGAAAAGAGAGGUGACAACGUCGCCUGUGCAGAUAUCUCAAGGUGUUAGUUUGAUCCAGCUUGACGGUGUUUUGCCAUGGCGAUGCGGGAGUUAGUGGAGGCGGAAUGUGGGGGAGCCAAUCCCCUCAUGAAACUGACAGGUCACAUGACCCAAGAGGGCGGGGCUUGGAGACACAGAUCAACACCCACUAUUCCUCCUACUCCAAUUGAAAUAGCCACUGAAGAGGAGCUGGUCAGUGAGUUCCUACAGGCCCCACAACGACCUCCUCACAGUUUUGACAUGGGUCAACUGCUGGAGGAAAUGCAGCAGAUAGAUCAACAGAGCUACAGACAGGCUCCACAGAGAGCUCCUGACGUGGCUGCUCUGGCGCUGUCUGGAGAUUGGGCGGCAGAGUUCCUGUCUACUGCUGAUGCUGCCUCUUCUUCUGGACAAGCUGGCGUGGACCCGGCUGAUGCUGAUUGGACCAGAGAAUUCAUCAAUGAAGUGGCAGACCCUGGCCGCUGGGCAGAGGAGUACCUGGAGCAAUCCGAGGAGAAGUUAUGGCUGGGAGAUUUGGGAGAAAGAGAACAGGACAAAGAAUGGGCACAAGAAUACCAGUCAGGUGAAGAACUACGGCAAACAGCAAAUGAACUCCUUGCCAAAGUGGAUGACCCCAAACUACAGAACACAGAGUUCCUGCGGUUCAUUAGGCAGAUUGGCGAGGGCAGUGUGACUGUGGAGGACAGAGCAGGAAAAGAGAACACUGAUAAAGCACAGGCCAAGGAGGCACAGCACUGGGCCUCCAGCAUUAACCAGGUUUCGGCAGAGUCUGCAGAAUCUUGGGUAGAUGAAUUCACUGCGUACGGGCCAGACUUCCAGCAGGCCAAAGCGGCGGUCGAGAGUGAUGUUGAUUUCUGGGAGAAACUCCAGCAGGAGUGGGAGGAAAUGGAGAAGAGGGAUGCUGAAGCUCACCCUUGGCUCUCAGAUUUCGACCAGAUGCUCAGCAGCUCUUAUGACAAGGGAUAUCAGUUUGAAGAAGACAACCCCUACCUGUCCCAUGAUGAUCCGUUUGCUGAGGGCGUGAAGAGGAUGGAGGCGGGGGACAUUCCUGGAGCCGUCCGUCUCUUUGAGAGCGCGGUUCAGAGAGAGCCAGAAAACCAGCUGGCUUGGCAGUAUCUGGGCACCUGCCAGGCAGAGAACGAGCAAGAGUUUGCAGCUAUCAGCGCCCUCCGCAGAUGUAUUGAGCUGAAAAAGGACAAUCUGACGGCUCUCAUGGCUUUAGCUGUGAGCUUCACCAAUGAGUCACUGCACAGACAGGCCUGCGAGACGCUCCGUGACUGGUUGAGGCACAACCAUAAAUACCGGCAUGUCCUCGAGCAGCAUGAACGAGAGAAGGAACAGGGGAGUGUGAAGGAGAGGGAGAAAGAGAGGGAGAGAUUUGGAUCCCUUCUGCCAGAGGCACUGUUUAAUGAAGUGCAGACGUUGUUUUUGAGUGCAGCGGCCGCUGAGCCCACACAGGUGGACCCUGAGCUGCAGUGUGGUCUGGGCGUCCUCUUCAACCUGAGCGGAGAGUAUGACAAGGCUGUGGACUGCUUCUCUGCCGCCCUUUCUGUAACGCCACAGGAUUAUCUGCUGUGGAACAAGCUGGGAGCAACUCUUGCUAACGGGAACCGAUCAGAAGAGGCAGUUGCUGCUUACAGACACGCGCUGGAGUUACAGCCUGGAUUUGUACGUAGCCGAUAUAACCUGGGCAUCAGCUGUGUCAAUCUGGGUGUGCACAGGGAGGCAGUAGAGCACUUCCUAGAGGCCCUUUCUCUGCAGCGACAGGCCGCAGGGGAUGGAGAGGGGGGUGCGGGUCGAGGACCAGGUACAGCAGCCACUGUGAUGUCAGACAACAUCUGGUCCACAUUACGCAUGGCACUGAGCAUGAUGGGAGAAAGCUCGCUUUACUCAGCCGCCGACCGGCGAGAUCUGGACACACUGCUGACGCACUUCUGCCAAAAAGAUGGAGAGACAGAAUGAAGGAUGGAGAAGAUGACGGGGCACAGGAAGAUAGAAUGCGAGUGUGGUGAAGGCUGUUUGGGAGAGAAAAGAGCAAGAUUGGAGGAGUACAUUUCAACAGAGGCCAUGACUUUUGAUGGUGCUAAAAUGUGAGAACAAAAAGAGUGUGGAACAUCCAUUUAGCUCCAGCACUAUGUUAACGGACAGACGGAUGAACUGAUGACUGUCCAUAAGAUAAAGAUGUUAAUAAGUCCAUGGUACAAACUUGUACAGUUUUUGUCACAAGUUUACACUUACAGAGAAUAUGUUUUAAUUUAGUUAAUCUUGAAGAUUACAGUUUUUUUUUUCAUUGUCCUUAUCAAAAUUACUCUUAAUAUUUCUCAAAUGGGGGCGAAUAAGGUUCCUUCACUGUGAACUCAAAGUUCUUGCAUCUGUUUGACACAGAGACGAGAAUGAGGAGAAAUAACUGUUCUACAUCACUACGGAUUCCAAACAAACUAACAAAGGUGAUUUACAAGCCUUUAAAUUAUAUUGCCAACUUUAUUUGUGAGUGACCGAAGGGUGUAAGACUUGUCUGUAAGCACUCUUUCUUAUCAGAUAUUUCAUUUUGCUGUAAAUUAAUUUGCUUAAUUGUAAAUUCUACAUGCCAUAUUGUGUACUGUAUCAUUAUUAAUGUUUUGCAUAUAGCCAAUUCAAAUUGCUAUUAUGAUCGAUGUAAUUCAAGCAAUAAAGCUUUGACAAAUG